UAUCCUUCUUCUUCUUCUUCUUCUUCUUCUUCUUCUUCUUCUUCUUCUUCUUCUUCUUCCGCUUGUGACGGUCGCUAUCGCUGGAGGACUAUGCUUUCUUGACUAAACAGUUUGUCAGCGGCGGACACGUCAUUUCCAGCACUCUCUAUCUGCCGAUCGCUCGACUGUGUCCUGGUCCUUUUGGUCGUCCUGAUCGCAUUUUCUCCUACUCAACGCGUCACAUCGGUAUGGAGCCGAGCCCGGUGCUCGUUCUGCUUCGGCGUGACGAUGAUGCGUCCGCACCUGCUGCGACAAAGAGCGCUGCAGACCAGUUCUUGGAGCUGAUAUCCAACCCCUUCGCCAAUCAGAUCCGUGACAAUGCUAUCUGGGCUUCGCUGGCCACGUCGCUUGCCCUCACGGCCAUCAUUGCCCUCAUCUUCUGCUUCCUUCGACCCCUCAACACGACCGUCUACGCCCCACGCUUGAAACACGCGGACGAAAAGCAUGCGCCGCCUCGCAUUGGCAAGAGUCCCUGGGCAUGGAUCAAUCCGGUCUUGCAAACACGAGAGCAGAUGCUCGUCGAGAAGGUUGGAUUAGACGCAGCCAUUUUCAUACGUUUCACCAAGAUGUGUCGAAACAUCUUCCUCGCCCUCUCGGUCCUGGGCCUGGCAGUGCUCAUUCCCGUCAACGUCGUUGGCGGCAACCUGCAGUUCGGCAAGGACGCCAAAACGUCCGUGGUAGGCAUCUUCACCAAGAUGACGCCCCAGUACAUGAUUGGCGAGAUCUUCUGGGCCUUCGUUGCGGCUGCCUACGUCAUCGACUUCGUGUGCUGCUUUUUCCUGUGGUCCAACUACAGAGCCGUUACCCGGCUCCGAAGAGAGUACUUUGAGAGUCCCGAGUACCAGAACAGUCUUCACGCUAGGACGUUGAUGAUCACCGAGAUUCCGAAGACGCUUCGCACGGACGAGGGUGUGCUCAGAAUCGUGGACGAAGUCAAGACCACCCAGGAUCUACCCCGAGGAACCAUCGCCAGAAAUGUCCGAGAUCUGCCAGAGCUGAUUGAAGAGCACGAGGAGCUGGUGCAGCAGCUGGAGAAGAUACUUGCUAAGUAUCUGAAAAAUCCGAAUAAGCUUCCCGCAAACCGACCGCUCACCACGCCGUCGAAGAAGGAUCCGAACUACGUCAAGGGGCAGAAGGUGGACGCUAUCAUCUAUCUGACGUCGCGCAUUGACGAGCUGGAAGGGAAGAUCAACAACAUUCGGCUUUCCGUCGAUCAACGAAAUGCCAUGCCGUAUGGCUUCGCAAGCUAUGAGAGCGUGGAGGAGGCCCACAGCGUCGCGUAUGCCGGUCGCCGCAAGCAUCCGCACGGCGCGACUGUACGACUGGCCCCACGGCCUUCCGAUAUCAUUUGGCAAAACCUAGUGCUUUCCAGGCAAGCACAACGUGUCAAGAAGUGGAGCAAUUACCUUUGGGUUAUCCUUCUGUUGCUUGUCUGGACUUGCGUCAACGCCUUACUUGCCGUCUUCGUCUCUAACUUGUCCAACCUUGCCCUCGUGUGGAAGGCGUUCGACACGGAGCUCCACCGCGACCCCCAGCUGUGGGCAGUCAUCCAGGGUAUUCUGGCCCCGGCGAUCACAUCCGCCUUCUACUACUGUCUCCCCAUCAUCUUCCGGAGGUUGUCAAUGCGCGGAGGUGACAUCACAAAGACCAGCCGUGAGCGCCACGUCAUUCACAAGCUCUACGCCUUCUUCAUAUUCAACAACCUCAUCGUAUUCUCGCUGUUUGGCGCUAUCUGGCAGUAUGUGGUCGCCGUGAUCAAUGCGAAGGACAACGACGAAAACAUCCUGGACGCGAUAAAGCACGGUGACAUUUGGACGAAGACUUUCUACGCUCUGUGCUCCGUCUCUCCCUUCUGGAUUACCUGGCUCCUGCAACGCAAUCUCGGCGCGGCCAUUGAUCUGGCCCAGAUCGUGAAUUUGGGAUGGGGUUCCUUCGCUCGACGAUUCCUGUCUCCCACACCCCGACAACUGAUUCAGUACACGGCUCCGCAACCCUUUGACUACGCUUCGUACUACAACUAUUUCCUAUUUUACGCGACGGUUGCCCUUUGCUUCGCGGCUUUUCAGCCGCUCGUCUUGCCCAUUACAGCGCUGUACUUUGUCCUCGACUCUUGGCUGAAGAAGUACUUGAUUUUGUACGUCUUCGUCACCAAGAACGAGUCCGGUGGUCAGUUCUGGCGCGUGCUCUUCAAUCGGUUUCUCUUUGCCGUCUUCCUCUCGAAUUUGAUCGUCGCAUUCCUUGUGGUGGCGAAGGCGUUCGACUACUGGACCAUGCUAGGAGCGAUGAUUCCGCUCCCUUUGAUGCUCAUUGGAUUCAAACUGUAUUGCAUGAAGACUUUCGAUGACCAGAUCCACUUCUACACGCGAGGAUUCAUGAACAAGGAGGCGGGCGUCGUGUCGGACACGACAUCCAGGCGGAGCAACAAUGUGGCUGUGCGCUUCGGCCACCCCGCGUUGUACAAGUCUCUCAUGACGCCCAUGGUGCACGCAAAGUCUCAACAUCUGUUGGCACAAGUCUACAAGGGCCGUCUCGGUGAGGACGACGCCGUGUCGAUGGCUGGCUUCAGCGACAUGUACAACAUGAAAGAUCUCAAAAAGGGUGGCCAAGGCAAGAAAGGCCCGUUCGAAUUCGUGAACGACUCUCAGCUCGACUUUGAAAAUUACAAGGACAGAGACGACUUUCGGUCCGAGUACGGCGGAGAUGGCGAGCUGUACGGCAAGCCCGAGGAUAUCAUUCGCACUGCCACCCCUGCCACGAUCCGCGAGGCGAACGCGGCACGCAUUGGUUCAGGCAAUCAUAAACGAUCGAGCUCCAGAGAUUCAGAGAGCACAGUUGGCGGCCAGGAUAUUGGCACCACGUAUCCAGCGGGCUAUCAUACCACCCCCUCGGCACUUCGCGAGGCCUCCCCUAGCCCUGAUCGAGGCGCCUGGGAUCGGAGCUACUCCCCUGCGCGCUCAAACUUAGUUCAAGGUGCAGCACCGAUGGGCAGUAACAGCUUCAGAAAUUUCAGCGGAGGCUCCAGACCCCAGAGCCCCGCUUUAAGUGUUCUCAGCCAGCAGACACCCAUGGAUAAUGAAGCUACGAGUUACGAUUAUUUUAGAGGCAGGCGGUGAAGCUCUCGCCUGCCAUGAUCCUUGUGAAUAGCCUUUUUCUAAUCGGCGUUGCCACUCUUCAGCACACGCUGCCGUGGCGUUGAACACAGCAUCUUUUGCGUGUAUAUAAGGUCGAAGGAUUUUUUUUUCUCGUUAAAUAAAUGGGUUGGGAAGCAAACAGGUCACUGCAUCAGCAUAUAUCGUACCCAGCAAGAGGGUUGGUACUGAAGAUAGUGCAUCGAAGUAACCAUUGCCAGGGAGCGUUUACCGGCGCAAAGACUUUAGAAUCAUUUUGUUGUGAUCGCCAUUGUCGAGUAAUAAAAGAGUUCCUACUUUCUCCGAGA